GCGGAGCAGUCAGUCCUAAAAGGAAAAGCAGUCGUAAAAACUCUUUGGAGCUCCUCGGCUACCGUGUAAUUACACUCUUCCCCCGCGACGUGGUUCAUGAGAGACUGCAGCCAGUUCUCAGACAUGGUGGAAAGUUAAUUUUAAAGAGAAGAGCUCCUCGUGUUGGUGUGUUGCUACAACUUCGCUCAGUCCAGCCGCCGUUCCGCCGCGACCACACCCUCCCUGCUUCCUCAUAGUACUGCAGCGGGAGCGCGCAGCGCGGCUUUGAAUCUGGGAAUAACGGCUGCUUCUUCCAGCUCUGCUGACGUUUACGGGAGCGCGGAGUCAAACACAACAAGUGAGUUACAUGUUCGGGGACUACGGACCGGUAUGGAUAUGAGAAGCGAGUCCCAGCAGAAGAUAUGUGGGGCUACACACUCUCUGGUCCCGAGUUAAGACGCGGAGGAGGAGGAGGGGGAGGAGGAGGAGGUGGUGGGGGGCGGACAGACGGAGGAUGCAUAUGGAGUCGAAGCGACCGGAGCAACUGUUAGCUUCUAACCCAGGGCUGUGUUUGAAAAAGAAGAGGUUGAAAGUGGAUUGAGUGGUUUGUGUUGUUGGACUGUCGCCCUUUCGGUGGAUUUAACUUUGGGAAGGACUCAUGAAAUGAUGGUGCUGGAGGGAAACACAACUCUUCCCGCUGUCCAGAAGAGCUGCCCGGGUGGUGCCCCGUUUGGAACCAGCAUGAGUACGCCAGGCCGGUUAAACUCAUUGGGAACAAGUCGGACAAGAUCUCGGUGCUGUUACAGGCUACUUGCUCUCUUGCGAGUGGACAUAAAAUGAUAUGUUAUUGAUCACAGUAAAAAAAAAAAAAAAAGACUCAUCAAAGGCAUCUAGUUAAUGUUGAGGUGAUGUUUUCUUGGUUCUAGUCACAGAUAGAUCCUCAGUAAAGGCAUCUAACGUUACUAAAAUAGCACGAAGGCAGUAUAGCAAGUGUAAUUCAAAUUGAUAAUGUGCUAUUAUUUUAAAACAUAAGGAGCUUUUGACUUUAAAAAAAAAUAUAUAAAUCUCAAUCUGCACUUUGCCUCGUAGAAGGCACCUUGGCGGCACUGCAGUUUGUGUGUGAUUUCUUUUUUUUUAAUUCAACAACCUGUGAAUUCUUCUGUUCCACACAAAACUUGGGACUUUAAUAAGAAUAUUGACUUUUGAAUUAUGUUGUUCAGGGCAUUUAAAUUAAUGUGUCGAGAUAAGAGCAUAUUAUAGCUUAUUACACUGAUUACUCAGCAGUUGUCUGGAUUUGACUGUGUAAUAUUGUGACAUUAUUAAUCAUCAAGGUAAAUCAUUGUGGGAAUAUGCCAGGUCAUAGUGUGUGACUUAUAUUAUAACAGAAUUUAGAAACACAGCAGUUAACAAAGGGGAAGUCAUUCCAGUAAUGCAGUAAUUUAGUUUUGCUCUUUCUUCAUGUUUACAUUGAGAUUACAUGUCCUGUGUGUCAGCAUAUAUUGUACAGUUUAUCCAUACUCUGAAGGAAUAUAAGGAAGACUGUUUGGCCAGUUGUUAUUUAAAAGAUUUUAAAAAACACAGUGAGCUGAGGCUUAUCUUGGAAAUGUCUUAAACAGUACAAUGCAGUGUGCAGCAGCAGAAAACUAUAACUGAACCCCUCCAGAAGAGCAGUUUGACCUUCUCUCCACCCCCCCCCCCCCCCCCUCCCUUCACCCAACUCCCCUCCUUAUUAUGGCUAGUGGUGGCUCUGGCAAGUCGGCCAGCGAGGGAUCAGCCAGCACACCCGGUGGCAGUUUGCAGCAGAGGAAGCGGCUCUCCUCCGUCUGUGACACAUGUAAGGGCAAGAUGCAGCUGGUGGCCGACCUCCUCCUGCUGUCCAGCGAGACCCGGCCGGUCAUGACCUCCGAAGGCGUGGCGGUAGCCGACACGUUCGACCAGUGUCGCGACACGGUCAUCGCCAGGACUAAAGAGCUCUCCAUUCUCACCCACGACAUCCAGAGCCAGCUCAACAUGGGUCGCUUCACAGAGGUGGGGGACCGCCUGCUGGAAAUGGCCGAUCUGGUGGUUUCCUUGACCGAGUGCUCGGCCCACGCCGCUUACCUGGCGGCGGUGGAGACCCCCGGCUCUCAGCCCUGCUCGCCGGGUCUGGUGGACCGCUACAAGGUGACUCGCUGCCGGCACGAGGUGGACCAGAGCUGCGGCGUCCUCCGAGUCACGCCCCUGCCGGACCUCACCCCCCAGCUCCUCCUCGAGCUCUCUCAGAACAUCUCCACCAACCUCAAGACUUUAACAGACAUCUCGUCGCUGGCCAUCGAGAGGUCCAGGGACCGCUUUGCAAAAGAACAGUUCAAGCUGAGCGUCAAGAGCAUGAGCACGAGCGGCACCGCCUUCCUGGCUUGUGUCAAAGAGGUGAAAACUCAGCCCAGCGAGCUGACCAGGAACCGCUGCGUCCUGUUCAGCGCCGCUCUGGUCCAGACCGUCAGCGCCCUGGUGGGGUUUGCCACAGAGCCUCAGUUCCUGGGAAGAGCUGCGAGUAUCUCCGCUGACGGGAAGGGGGUACAGACUGCAGUUUUAGGGGGGGCCAUGAGUGUGGUUUCAGCCUGCGUCCUCCUCACUCAGGGCCUCAGGGACGUCGCCCAGCAUCCCGAGAGCAGCUCCAAAAUGGCGGACUACAGGGAGCGUCUGCGUAACUCGGCGUGUGCUGUAUCGGACGGCUGCACUCUGCUCACUCAGGCACUCAGAGAACGCUCCUCUCCAAGGACUCUGCCGCCAGUCAACUCUCAUUCUGUGAAUUAGUUCAGGAAGAGGCAAUAUGAUCUCCAGUCCCCCCUCUGUCCUAUACCGAUGUACCAAAGAGACUCAGCAGGGUGAUCCCUGCUCAUCAGGUUUAGAGUCAGAGUAACAUCAGAGGAAGGCUGUCUGCAGGUCUGCUCAGGUGGUAGAAGUGUGUUAACAUGUAGAGGAGCACUAAAACAACGGCUACAGGGUUCAGUGUCGCGCUGGAUGUGACUCAGACCUUGUUAAAUGGACCGCUUUACCGCUCUGAGCCUGACCUCCGGCUCACCAACAGACAGCAGCCUUCAAACCUGAAAAGUUUACCUCAGUUUUCAGCCCUAGUGAAAACACCAGCCUCGAUGAUGGAUGUAGCCUCGCUGUGUGAACCUAUGGUUGGCUGACCUGCUCGAGUACAUGUGCUUUGUGAGAUUGGGAAGAGUGACGAGUGUCUCAAUGCUUGUUUUUUGUUUUUUGUUUUUUUUCUCAUUGUGUGUGAAUUCUUAAUUGGUAAAAGCUGCUGUGAGUGUGUGCCAUAGGUUUUACACUAUUUACCAGACUCCCAUAGUAUUUUAAUGUGUUUUGAUCAUGCAUGUAAUGGAGUAUUUAUUUCAA